AUGCCCAGCGUACCAGAUCUCAUCCCCCAAUCCGACCUCAACAACGACAAAAUCCAAACAACAGCCCCAAACUGCCCCGUCACAUCCCAACGUUCCCCCGCAACAUCCACCGCAACAUCCACCGCAACCUCCAUCCCCAACCCCGGCGUCGCACGCGCCAACGCCGCCAUCUCAAUCGACAAUCCCAAUGGCGACGCAGACUACAUCGCCAAAUACGGCGACUACACCCCACUACAACAACACGUCCUCUUCUGGGACCGCGACCACGAUGGCCAGAUCUUCCCGACAGACACAUACAACGGCUUCCGGGAGCUAGGCUUCAACAUCCUCUUCUCGCUGCUGGCGGUGCUGGUCAUCAAUUUGAAUUUCUCGUAUCCGACGCGGUUGGCGCAUUCGGUUAUCCCGGAUUUGUGGUUUAGGGUUUAUGUUGACAGCAUAUACAAAGCCAAGCAUGGUUCCGAUAGCGGGACGUAUGAUCCUGAAGGACGGUUCAUCCCGCAGCAUUUCGAGGAUAUGUUUGCCAAGUAUGAUUGCGAUCAAGACGGGGCGUUGACUCUGGGGGAGCUGUUUGAGAUGAUGCAUGGGAAUCGGUGUGCGGCGGAUCCGUUUGGGUGGGGUGCUGCGUUCUUUGAAUGGGGGACCACAUGGCUGUUGAUUCAGCGUGAUGGACGGGUCUACAAGGAGGAUUUGAGGGGGGUUUAUGAUGGAUCGAUAUUCUGGAAGAUCCGUGAAGAGAGGAAGAAUGGGGCUUGGAAGCAGGGGUAUGGUGUUGGAGGUGCAGUCAAGAUGUACUGA